AUGUAUCUACAGCUACACGCAUACGCAUGUGGCGCCUUCAAACGCGCCGCUGGACAUGAGAUGGGACAGGCUUGGAAGGAGAUAUCGGGGCUUCAUCGCAAAGUACUCUCCAUCUUCGCGGCGAACUCCUUCAAGGAUGUCUUCUGGCUCGGCUCUCGCAUCAACCACUCCUGUCUUCCGAACGUUGCAUUCUCAUACAAUCCAGCGAUCAAGCAUGGGACGUUCCACGCGAUUCGCGAUCUCGCGGCGGGCGAGGAGCUCACAGUUGAGUAUAUCAGUGAUGACAAGCUCGCACAACCCACGAUCUACAACGACUCGAAGUCCAACGAGGAGGCACGGGGUCUUUCGCUGAGAAUGGCAGCGAUGCAGAAAUCCGAAGGUCUCGUGGGUCCCGAGUUGAGUGAAACCUAUCAUAAAGUGGCCAGUUACAGUAUGAGGAUGAUGGAACUUCAAAUGGCUCUUUUGUGGGCCGAAAAGGUCGUGGAAGUUGACCGGUAUUGCGUCGGGGAAGAUCAUCCAGACUUUGUGCAAACGCGCGAAAUUGUGGAAAAGAUACGACAGACCGCUCGAGAGUCUGUGCCUUUCGAUAAGCUCGCGCUGAGAUGGUUAUUUCGGCCCACUGAGCCGACUGAGCCCGGUUUCCGGAACCCUGCCCUGUUGAUAGCGGCAUUUGCCUCCUUAUGUCGUCUUCCUGGAGGCCCAGCAGUCACCUGA